AUGUCCGAGGACGAGCGUGAGCUUCGCUUAACAGUAGCUGCGGGCCCCGUCGCGCACGCUUCUCCCCAGAAUGCGACCAGUCCCGGGAAAGAAUCCGCUUCCGCCAAGUCGGGUCAACGAACUCGGUACACGGCCGAUCGCGUGUUCGGACCGCAAGCCGCGAAUGAUGAGGUGUACGCCAGAGCCGCGCGAGACAUCGUGCGAGGCGCGCUUCGAGGGGUGAAUGGGACCGUGUUCGCGUACGGUCAGACCGGGGGGGGCAAGACAUACACGAUGCGCGCCAUCACUCGAGGAGCAAUUGGAGACCUGUUCCAAGCUGUCCAGGGAGACGACGAGCGGAAGUACCUCAUGCACUUCUCCGCCGUGGAGAUUUACAAUGAGAUUGUGAGAGAUCUUCUCCCCCUCAGGCUGCUGGACGAUCCGGAACGCGGUACCGUGAUUGAGCGUCUGAUUUGCACGCCAGUGGAUUCGAGCGAGGCACUCGAGGCUUUACUUCGUGAGGUUGAGGCUCGUCGACAGGUUGGCGCCACAGGCAUGAACGCCGAAUCGUCCCGUUCUCACAUGAUCGUGCGCCUGACCAUCGAGAGCAGGGUCGCGAGCUCGGCCGAUGAAGCGGCUGUCGACACGGAAGAUCGAGGUCCGGCUCUGACCGCAACUCUCAAUUUUGUGGACCUUGCGGGGUCCGAGCGUGCGAGCCGAGCGCAGUCCUCUGGUACGCGGCUGACAGAGGGUUGCCACAUCAAUCGAUCACUCCUGACCCUCGGAAAGGUGAUUCGCAGCCUGAGCGAAAAGAGUGAACGUGGUUCAGAUGAACACGUGCCAUACCGAGACUCAAAGCUUACUCGCAUACUUGCGAGCUCUCUCGGUGGCAACGCGAGGACGGCGGUCAUAACCUGCAUCUCUGCGGCGGCAUCCGCACUCGAGGCUACAAGGGCGGCUCUCUUUUUCGCGUCACAGGCCAAGCGCGUAAGAAACCGCGCUACCGUCAACGAGGUCAUCGAUGACAAGGCAUUGAUUCGUCGUUAUCGGGCAGAGAUCGCUGAGCUUCAG